UUGCUUCGAGUGUGGAUAAAACGUGCCUUCAACCCGCAUCCGCCAAUCAUGAAGCAAAGAAAUCAAAGAGUCGUUGGGCGUGGGCCAACCUUUUCCUUUUUCCAUCUCUCUGGUGUCAGGUCAACAAUUCAUUCGUUGUCAGACACAACUCUGAGCUCUCCAUCCCUUGGUUGACAUAUUGACAAAUAUGCCCAACUAAUCCAUUUCUCAAUGAUUUGUUGAAAGGCGACGAACGCACAGAACAGCGAUCGUCUCCCUCUCUCUUCACCCACCUGCAACUGUUGCAAGACCUUCUAGGGUUAGGGCUUUGAGGAUCUAGUGGUACUGCGACAAUGUCGGCUGCGAGUGGGUUCGCCACUUCUUUUGCAGGUGUGACGUUGGAGUCUCUCCUCUCCUACUCCUCACAGUCGAGGGUCUCCUCUUCCUCGUCGUCGUCGUCUUCUCAGCUUCGGUUAUUUUGCAAGCCCGUAGGCAAUAGGAGAUGGAUCUGUAGCAGAGGAGUCACUUUGAACCCUAUGUGUGAGGUUCCGUCCAACGGUUUGUUUCAGGACGAGAAGAUCGAUUCAAGGUCUACCAGCGUUUCUAUUCUCGAACAGCUCAAGACAUCCGCAGCCGACAGAUAUACAAAGGAAAGGAGCAGCAUUGUGGUCAUAGGACUUAGUGUUCACACGGCACCAGUAGAGAUGCGUGAAAAACUAGCCAUUCCAGAAGCCGAAUGGCCCCGAGCCAUUGGAGAGCUCUGUGGUUUGAACCAUAUAGAAGAAGCUGCUGUUCUUAGUACCUGUAACAGGAUGGAAAUAUAUGCAGUGGCUCUAUCUCAACAUCGUGGGAUCAGAGAGGUGAUUGAUUGGAUGGCUAAGACAAGUGGAAUUCCUGUUUCAGAGCUUCGUGAACACCUGUUCUUACUGCAUGACAAUGAUGCGACUCAGCACCUGUUUGAAGUAGCUUCUGGGCUUGACUCUCUUGUUCUAGGAGAAGGACAAAUCCUUGCUCAGGUAAGACAAGUUGUAAAAGUUGGCCAAGGUGUUGUUGGUUUUGGGAGGAACAUCAGCUAUCUGUUCAAGCAGGCAAUCACUGUUGGUAGACGGGUUCGAACUGAGACUAACAUAGCAUCUGGAGCAGUUUCUGUCAGUUCUGCUGCUGUGGAGCUUGCCCUCAUGAAGCUUCCUGAUUCCUUGUCUUCAACUGCCCGGAUGCUGGUGAUUGGUGCAGGCAAGAUGGGAAAACUUGUAAUAAAACACUUAGUUGCAAAAGGAUGCAUGAAGAUGGUGGUUGUCAAUAGAUCUGAGGAGAAAGUUGCUGCCAUCCGAGAGGAACUAAAGGAUGUUGAGAUAAUAUACAAACCCCUCACUGAAAUGCUCAGUUGCACUACCGAAGCAGAUGUGAUUUUUACCAGUACGGCAUCAGAGACUCCAUUGUAUUUGAAACAGCAUGUUGAGGCACUCCCCCCUGGCAGUCCAGAAAUUGGGGGGUUGAGGCUCUUCAUUGAUAUUUCUGUUCCCAGAAAUGUUGGUUCCUGUGUCUCAGAUCUCAAGACUGCAAGAGUCUACAAUGUUGAUGAUUUAAAAGAAGUUGUAGCAGCCAAUAAGGAGGAUCGACUCCGGAAAGCAAUGGAAGCUCAGGCAAUUAUUGAUCAGGAAUCAAUACAAUUUCAGGCUUGGAGAGACUCCUUAGAAACUGUUCCAACCAUUAAGAAACUGAGGAGUUAUGCUGAAAGAAUUAGAAUAUCAGAGUUAGAGAAGUGCUUGUCAAAGCUGGGCAAUGAUAUCCCAAAGAAAACUAGGAAAUCUGUGGAUGACCUUAGCCGAGGUAUAGUGAAUAAGCUCCUUCAUGGUCCAAUGCAGCAUCUGAGAUGUGACAACAGUGACAGCCGGACUCUAAGUGAGAUCCUUGAGAAUAUGCACGCACUUAACAGGAUGUUCAACCUUGAUACAGAGCUAUCCAUAUUAGAACAGAAAAUUCGAGCUAAGGUGGAACAAACACAAAAAUAAGCGUUCAUAAAAGAUACAGAAAAUUCAAAUAAGAAGAUAACAUUCUCA